AUGCUGUGGAGCAAGUGUGGUUGCGGCGUUGUCCUUGUGCUGGUUUGGAAAAUCGCGGCUAGCUGUUUGAACGAAAAUUGCGCGAAAGAGGAGACAGGUCUGGUGCAAGUUUCCAGGCCUUGGAAGCGUUCUGGAUGGUGGCCACGUGGCGGCAAGCGUUAUGGUUACUAUGGGAGCAAGGACAACGAUGAUGGCGACGACCCCUCUCCUUCCGAUCCUUCUGAUGGCGUUGCCUGCACGUACAGCCGGACUUACAGGUACCCUGAGGACGAGGAUCAAGUGGCGACUCCGGAUGAUACCACAGAAAUGAUAAGCCGAUGUUCGAGUGCAGGAGUUGAUUAUGUGAACACUUCAGAAGACGCUACAUGCAUCAUCAACUCCAAUGGAGAUGGGUAUGACUACGGCAACGUUGCAAGCUCAAGCGCAUGCCCUUACCCAGCUGGGGCCACGCCAUGGAUGUCGUAUGACGAGUGCCUCAGCAAUUACACGAAAUGGAUCGACAAGGGAGCCACAGAAGUCACGUUGGCAGACGGUACCACGGCUAUGACCGGCAUUGGCCAUGGAGUUUUGGAUGGGGUUCGUGGGUUGUGUGCAAUCAUUUACUACGCAACGACCGGCAAAACGGUGGUGGUGUUCCAAGUGGACAUCCGGUCCUGGUCGUUGGAGAUGACGCAAGCCACAUGGGAGUAUUUGACAGAGAUCACAGAUCCAGGCAACACAUGCAUCGUGCCCACGGUAACAUCCAUCAACUGCACGGAUGUGCCCUUUAUGACAGAAUAG